AUUAACUCUGGCAACAGUAUCAAUCAGGCCUUCUCAAAGAGCUUCGUUACGGCGUCGUUAAGAGCCUUCCUUUCCCUUCCGCUUAAACCCCUCGCGCUCUCUUUCUCUCUCGCAAAACCCUAGACCAAGAAACCGCCAAGUCCCAAUCUUUCUCUCUGUCCAAACAGAAAGAGAGAAGAAGAAAAUGGGAAUCUUCGAACCAUUCCGAGCAAUCGGAUAUAUCACAAGCAGUGUGCCCUUCUCUGUUCAGAGAUUGGGCACUGAGACAUUCGUCACCGUCAGCGUCGGCAAAUCUUGGCAAAUUUACAACUGUGCUAAGCUCAGUUUGGUGCUUGUUGGUCCUCAAUUGCCAAAGAAGAUAAGAGCUCUUGCUUCCUAUCGUGACUACACAUUUGCUGCAUACGGGAAUAAUAUUGCGGUUUUUAAGCGUGCUCAUCAGGUGGCAACUUGGAGUAGGCAUACUGCUAAGGUCAACCUAUUGAUUCUGUUUGGAGAGCACAUCUUAAGUGUUGAUAUUGAUGGCAAUAUUUUCAUUUGGGCUUUUAAAGGAAUUGACCAGAAUCAUGCUCCAAUUGGACACAUUUUGCUGGAAGACAAAUUCAGUCCUACCUGUAUUAUGCAUCCAGAUACUUACCUAAACAAGGUAAUUCUUGGGAGUCAGGAAGGUUCUUUGCAACUUUGGAACAUUAGUACAAAGAAAAAACUUUACGAGUUCAAGGGCUGGAAAUCGUCCAUAUGUUGUUGCAUUUCAUCACCAGCACUAGAUGUUGUUGCAGUUGGCUGUGCUGAUGGAAAGAUUCAUGUACACAACAUUCGUUAUGAUGAAGAGAUUGUUACGUUUACACAUUCUACUCGAGGGGCUGUGACUGCCUUAUCUUUCAGCACUGAUGGACAGCCACUCUUAGCAUCUGGAGGUUCAUCUGGUAUCAUAAGCAUUUGGAAUCUUGAGAAGAGGCGGCUCCAGUCUGUCAUUAGGGAGGCUCAUGACAGUUCAAUAAUUUCACUGCACUUUUUUGCUAAUGAGCCUGUGCUAAUGAGUUCAUCUGUAGACAACUCCGUAAAAAUGUGGAUCUUUGACACAAGUGAUGGGGAUCCUCGUCUGUUACGCUUUCGAAGUGGGCAUAGUGCUCCUCCCGUUUGCAUAAGGUUCUACGCUAAUGGGCGACACAUUCUAUCAGCUGGCCAAGAUCGUGCCUUUCGGCUUUUCUCUGUCAUCCAGGAUCAGCAAAGCAGAGAGCUUUCUCAGCGGCAUGUAUCCAAAAGAGCAAAAAAACUCAGGCUGAAGGAGGAAGAGAUAAAAUUAAAGCCUGUCAUUUCAUUUGAUGUUGCUGAAAUAAGGGAGCGUGAUUGGUGCAAUGUGGUUACAUGCCAUAUGGAUACUGCGCAGGCAUACGUAUGGAGGCUUCAGAAUUUUGUUCUUGGAGAGCACAUCUUGAAACCAUGCCCAGAAAAUCCGACGCCAGUUAAGGCCUGUGCCAUCAGUGCCUGUGGCAAUUUUGCUGUACUAGGAACAGCUGGUGGUUGGAUUGAGAGAUUUAAUCUCCAAUCGGGAAUCAGCCGAGGCAGUUACAUGGAUAUGUCAGAAAGAAACAGCUGUGCCCAUGACGUGGAGGUGGUUGGUGUUGCCUGUGACUCAACAAAUACCUUGAUGAUAAGUGCAGGAUAUCAUGGGGAUAUAAAGGUAUGGGAUUUCAAGGGACGUGAGCUAAAAUCCAGAUGGAAAAUUGGUUGUUCUCUGGUGAAGAUUGUUUAUCAUCGCUCCAACGGUCUUCUGGCAACGGUGGCAGAUGAUUUAGUUAUCCGUUUAUUUGAUGUUGUGGCAUUAAGAAUGGUUCGUAAAUUUGAAGGUCAUACAGACCGUAUUACAGAUUUGUGCUUCAGUGAGGAUGGCAAAUGGCUUUUGUCAUCUAGCAUGGAUGGGAGUCUUAGAAUUUGGGAUGUCAUUUUAGCAAGACAAAUAGAUGCUAUACUUGUUGAUGUUUGUAUAACUGCAUUAUCUUUGUCACCAAAUAUGGAUGUUUUAGCAACGACUCAUGUUGAUCAAAAUGGGGUCUAUCUGUGGGUUAAUCAGGCAAUGUUUACUGGAGCUUCUAAUGAUGAGUCCUAUGGAAGUGGGAAGGAAAUAGUGAGUGUUAAGUUGCCAUCUGUCUCUUCAAUAGAAGGUUCUCAAGAUAAUGAUUCUGAUAAACCUAUCAUAACCCCCUCAAAAGUGGCCCACAAGUCUUCAGAUCAGCAAAUUCCAGAUCUAGUGACUCUAUCACUAUUACCUAAGAGCCAGUGGCAAAGCUUGAUCAAUUUGGACAUUAUAAAGGCUCGCAACAAACCAAUUGAGCCUCCAAAGAAACCAGAACAGGCACCAUUCUUCCUGCCUUCAAUACCAUCUCUUUCGGGAGAAAUAUUGUUUAAACCUAUUGAGUUAGCUAAUGAAGAGAAGAAUAGAGAAGCUGGUAAACUUGAAAAAAAACAGACACAAAUUGAUUUGGUGGCAUCCAAAUUCGUGCAACUUCUUCAGUCCUCAGCAGACACGGAAAAUUUUUUGGCAUUCACUGACUAUAUUAAAAGUUUAUCUCCGUCAACUUUGGAUGUGGAACUUAGAAUGCUUCAGAUUAUAGAUGAUGAUGAUGAGCAAGAACUUGAUAAGAGACCGGAGUUCCAUUCUAUUGAACAGCUGCUGGAUUAUUUCAUUCAUGAGAUCUCCUGCAGAAAUAACUUUGAGUUUAUACAAGCACUCAUUAGAUUGUUUUUAAAGAUCCAUGGUGAAACAAUUCGCCGACAGCCAAAGUUACAAGAUAAGGCACGAAAGCUUCUUGAUAUUCAACGAGCAGUAUGGCAAAGAGUUGAUAGGUUGUUCCAGAGUGCUAGAUGCAUGGUUUCAUUUCUCAGCGACUCUCAGUUUUAAGUAUUUUCCAUUACUUUUUCUUGUUUGUUGUUUAAUUUUUGGCCAAUUUUGGUUCCUUGUUCAAUUUUAGCAUUGUUUUGUUUCUUUGUCCAAUUUUGGCAUUGUUAUUUGGUCUGUUCAAUUUCUAAAUUAGUUAACCUUGCACACCUUUGAGGGUAAAGGUAUUGCAGAAGGCAAAGUUAUUAUAGAAGUGAGAGCUUAUUUAUGGCCUCUUGAUUUAACUAA